GAAAGUGAAUGCAGAAAGAGACGAGAAACCAGCGAGGGUGGUGGGAAGAGAAAGAAAACAAAGACGCCGCGUCAUGCCAACCGUUAACUGAUGGGUGACGAUCUCUGAUGUGGCGCCAUCAUAGCCGUUCGAUUCAUCCCAAAUAAAAAUAUUCCCCAUUUGUUUUUGAACAUUCUCUCUCUCUCUUCAUCUCUUUCUCAUCUGAUUCUGAAUCUCGCUCCGUUGUUUCCCUCUCCAGUCGCCAGGGUUUUUGAUUUGGAUCAUAUUUGAUUUCAGAGUGUCUGAGUGUGUCGUGUGAGGAUUUUCAAUCAGUGGAAAAUGCGCAUGCAUGAGUGUUGUUGUUGAUAGCAUCGUUGCUGAUUUGAUUGAGAUAUGGAGAUUCCGAUGGCCGCAACUGUUGUGGAUUUUGUCAACACUGCGUUAGGUUGGCUCAGAUUUGCUGUUGAUGCUCCGUCUGCGCGAGCUGUAGUUUUCGGAGUCAAUAUCGGUGGACAUUUGUUUCUCGAAGUUUUUCUCCUGGUGGUCAUACUAUUCUUGCUCUCCCAGAAAAGUUACAAGCCUCCUAAAAGGCCCUUAACAAACAAGGAAAUUGACGAGCUAUGUGAUGAAUGGGCUCCAGAAUCCCUUAUUCCUUCUCUUAAUGAAGAGAUGUUGUAUGAACCACCAGUGCUGGAGAGUGCUGCUGGGCCACAUACCAUAGUUAAUGGGAAAGACGUUGUCAAUUUUUCUUCAGCAAACUAUCUUGGGCUUGUAGGUCAUCAAAAGUUACUUGACUCAUGUACUUCUGCUUUAGAGAAAUACGGUGUUGGUUCUUGUGGUCCCCGUGGGUUUUAUGGAACAAUUGAUGUCCAUCUUGACUGUGAAGCGAGAAUAGCUAAGUUUUUAGGAACCCCUGAUUCAAUUCUCUACUCCUAUGGACUUUCGACCAUGUUCAGUGCAAUUCCUGCUUUCUCUAAGAAAGGAGAUAUAAUUGUAGCGGAUGAGGGAGUCCACUGGGGAAUACAGAAUGGCCUUCAUCUUUCUAGAAGCACAGUGGUGUAUUUUAAGCACAAUGACAUGGAUUCUUUAAGAGAAACAUUAGAGAAAAUUACUAUCAAAUAUAAGCGGGUCAAGAACUUGAGGCGUUAUAUUGUUGUUGAAGCCAUCUACCAGAAUUCUGGCCAAAUAGCACCCUUGGAUGAGAUCAUUAAAUUGAAAGAAAAAUAUCGUUUUCGUGUAUUGAUGGACGAGAGCAACUCGUUUGGUGUGCUUGGAAGUUCUGGAAGAGGUCUCACUGAAUACUAUGACGUUCCGGUUGAGAAGUUGGAUAUUAUAACUGCUGCUAUGGGACAUGCAUUGGCCACAGAAGGAGGAUUCUGCACUGGAAAUGCAAGAGUUAUUGAUCACCAACGAUUGAGUAGCUCUGGCUAUGUCUUUUCUGCUUCUUUGCCCCCAUAUCUUGCAAGCGCUGCAAUUACAGCUAUUGAUGUCCUUGAGGAAAAUCCCAGUUUGAUAACGAAGUUGAAGAACAACAUUGCUGUGUUAUGGAAAGGAUUGUCAAAAAUACCUGGCUUCACAAUUUCAAGUCAUCCAGAGUCACCAAUUAUUUAUUUGAGACUAUUGAAGUCAACAGGUUCCGUGAAGGAUGACCAACAUCUGCUUGAAAACAUUGCUGAGCGUGUUUUAAAAGAAGAUUCUGUGUUUGUGGUGACUUCCAAAAGAUCAACAUUGGACAAAUGCCGUUUGCCUGUAGGAAUUAGAUUGUUUGUUUCUGCAGGGCAUUCAGAGUCUGAUCUUCACAAGGCAUCUGAAUCAUUGAAAAGGGUCGCUGCAUUAGUCCUGGGUGGUCGUAAUUGAACACUGAUGUACACCUCUCUUCUGCUUCUUUUUUUUAUGCACCUAUCAGUUCUAUACCACUUUUUGGUGAUCAUUUUUGAAAUCCAGGCUGAUAAAAAGAAGUGUUGUAGUUGGUAAUUUAUGUAAUUUUUUCUGCUCUACUGGGUAACAGUAUUUUUUUGCGAGUUGCUCAUUGGUUUAUACAUGUUAAUUGGUAGAAUAUAAAGGAGUUAAAUGUUUCUUAUUAUUGGUUUAUGGCAAACACUUCAAUUACA